ACAAUAUUAAUAACAGGGAUUUAAACAAAAUGGUUUUAAUCAUAUAUUUCCCUUUAUGUAGUUCCAUGUCUUAUCUAAGUAUUCUAGUUUAUACAAACUCCAAAACUUCUACGAUUAACACAAAUCUUUUAUCAAUUAUCACACUCCUGAAGGGGUUUAUUUCUUAGGGGGUGGUUAGGAAUACUAUGCUACAUAUUCUUUUAUGCCUCUUAGCGUAGAAGGUCACGGGAGGUGAUUGUCCUGUUGUACUCUGGUGCGGCCUCACCUCGCCUCCUGCGUGUGGUUUUGCUCGGCACGAUAUAAUAAAUAAAUAAAUACAUAAAGCUACUGUAAUGCGUCCAAGGGAGGGCACUAAAGAUGGCGAAAGGCCUAGAGGAGAGUGAUUUACUUAAAAAAAAAAAAAAAGAAAAGAAAAAGAAAAAUCAUCCGUACUCAUCAGUUUUUACAAUUUUAAUUCGCCUCCAUUUGCAGCUCCUCACUGGGGGUCGGCCGGAAGGUGAGUGCCGACCGCUUUAACAAAAGCCCGGCCGCACAGGAUUGACGUGCCGCUCAGCCAAUGGAGCUACAAACGCCAUCCCUCCGCGGCCCGGCUCGGCCCGGCACGGCCCCGGCAGGACACCGCCCGAAGCCCGAGGCCAUGGAGGUAGUGCUGGGGCAGGUGGAGCAGUUGCCGGCGCUCCUGGCUGUGUCCCGUUCCGCGUUGGUGCGGGACUGGGACUCCCUCACCCUGGACAGGGCUCUGGAGUGGGCCCGGUAUUUCCAGCACCUCCAUGACCGGUUCCGUGCCCGGCCCCUGCUCCGGGAGGCCCUCGGGCGGCGGCUGCGCCGGUCUCAGCCGUUCCCUCUGCUCGGCUUCCCCACGCUGGGCCGCUGCCCACAGCUGGUGGGGCUGGCGCUUCUGGAGAACCGCGCUUUACCGCCCGCCGCCUUCCGCCGCCUGCUCCGCAGCCUUCUGCAGUCUCCCGGCGCGGGGGCUGGCCCCGAGCCCCGCGGCCCGGAGCCGCUCGCCCGCCGCAAGGCCGCGGCCCGCCUGCUGGCGCUGCCCCGCCGCCCGCCGCCGCGUCUCCCCGGGCCCGAGGCGCGGCUGCGGGCGGAGGCGCAGCUGCUGCUGAGCCGGCUGCGGGAGGAGGAGCAGGAGAUGCGGGAGGCAGCGGGGCAGCUCCGCUGGCUGUGCGGUGUUCUGGAGCGGCUACCCCAGCCCCGCGCCUUCCAGGUGGUGGCGGCGGCGCUGGCCGUGCUCGAGCAGGAGCGAGGCGCUGGGCAGGCCGGAGGCGGGAGUCGGGAUGGGAGCGGCCCGGGCGGGCGUCGGGCAAGUGCGGCAGGAGAUGGAUGCACCGCCGGGCUCCUGCUCUCCUGGCUGCUGGGCAGCCAGGCGCGGUUUUCUGCAUUCUGCCUUUGCCUCCCGUGUUCCCAUCUUGCCUUCCUAGCUGAUCGCUAUUCCCAGUUAAGCAGAUCUUAUUUGGACCUCUUAACCGACUGGGGAAGCCACUUGCUCUAUGACCCCUUGCAAGGACAGUGGGUUAAAAGUUGCCUUGACAAAGCUGGAUUGUCUUGGGAAGAAUUAAGGCAGCGUUUCAGCAGCCUCUGUCAGGGAUCCACGCUGCUUAAAGAACAGACCCAAACUGCUCUGAAACUCCUGAGGACACAAGAUGGGGACUUUAAAGUCCGUGGCGUAAGUGUGUGGACUGACUUACUGAUGGAAGUAGGCUGCUGA